UUGCUUUUGAUAGAGCUCCGCUAGAAAGAAACCACUAUAUAAUCCCCCACUUACCCCAUUUUCCCAUUAAAGAAUAAUCUCAGAACUCAGUUCAUCACUAAAUUCCUCCAUUUAUUUUUUCACACACACACUACACACACUAUUACUCACAAAAACACCUUCCCUUUCCAAAAAUAGAAAUAAUAUAAUGGGUUUUCCAUUAGGCUACACUGACUUUCAUUUCCCCAAACAACUCCUUCACCUCCUUUCACUUCUUGGUUUCAUCAGAAAACUCAUUUGCACAUUAUUCACCUUCAUGGGCCUCGGUGAUUUCUUCGAACCCGAAUUGCCCGACCCGACCCGACCCGAAUUUCCUAACCCGACGUGGAUGUGCUCCGUAUCGGCGGAGCUGAUCCGGGAGAUAUUGCCAGUUGUGAAGUACUCUGAGAUACCCGACCCGACCCGACCCGAAUCAUGCGCGGUGUGUCUUCAUGAGUUUGGUUCGGAUGACGAGAUUAGGAGGCUGGUGAAUUGCUGCCACGUGUUCCAUAGAAGCUGUGUGGACCGUUGGAUGGAUCAUGAUUAUCGGAUGACGUGUCCGCUUUGUAGGAGGGAAUUUAUACCGGAGGGUAUGAUGGGGAUUUUUAAUGAGAAGUUAUGGUUGGCUUCUGGAAUUAAUUCUGGUUUUUAUGAAGAAUACUAGUCACAAAAAAAAAAGGAUUUUUUUUUUUAAUUUAAAUUUGUGUCGGGUAAUUUUAGGUUAGAGUUCGGGCUAAAAGGGAGUGGAUAUUUAGGGUUUAAAUCAUUCUUUUUUGGUGAAUUACUUACACACAAAAAAAUUCCUUCUCAUCAUCUUUUCCUCUUGAGUUGUUUCUGGACAAUUAGUUUUGUGAAACUCCAAACUUUCAGUCACUAGUGCAAGUGUUUGGAAGUGUUGUGGAACCUUGGGAGCGAUCGGACUAAACGAUUUGUACCACAAUCGGUCCGAAAUCGCUUUCAAGACUGUGAUUUGUCACGAUGCUGAGUUGAUUUUAUCCUUUUGUUCAUUAUUCUGAGUGAUAUUGUUAAUAUUCCCAACAGAAUUUGCAUUGGAGCCUAGGUCUUAGGUUUUUAUAUUUAGCAACCUAGGAUGCCUCAAACAAAAAGAAGAAAAAAGACUAUAUAUCCUAGUUCAAUUUUAUCUGAAAGCACAAUAAUUGAUCCAUCCAUGUGUUGAAAUAGUUGAAGACUUUUGUCAGUCCUAGGUUACUUUGGUUGUAUUAGUAGAUUUUUGUGACAUGAAUUUUUUUUUA